AGAGGGAUACUGCGAGAGGGCUCGGGGCGGCCAGUCCGGGGCUGCCGGCCAAGGCUAGGCGCUGCCAGCCCCAUUCUCCUCUGCUCUCCACCCCCGCCUCACCCAGUGGCCGGCCGGACCUGCACCCCGCGCUUGCCCCCGCUCAUCCUCCCCCCGCCCGGCCAGGCGCGCUCCUCCCCGGCCGGCCCCUCGGCGCGCGGCGCGCUGGAGGCGAACGCGGGCUGAGGGGAGCGCAGUGGCCGCAGACCACCGAGCGCCCCGCGCCGUUCCCUGCAUGUGCGGCCCGCGGCGGCUCGCAGCCCCCGGCAGCAGCCUCGGCAGCUUCGGCCGCGCCUCGAGAGGCGGCCGCAGCGGCUCCAGCGGCGGCCAAGCGGCCGAGCCCGGGCUGGGAGACACCAUGCGCCGCGUCCUCCGUCUGCUCCUCGGUUGCUUCCUCACCGAGCUGUGCGCCCGCGUGUGCCGGGCGCAGGAGCGAGCGGGGCACGGGCAGCUGGCGCAACUGGGCGGCGUGUUGCUGCUGGCGGGGGGCAACCGCUCCGGGGCCUCCUCCGGAGAGGCCAGCGAGGGCGCCGAGGCAUCGGACGCGCCCCCGACCCGGGCGCCCACGCCAGACUUCUGCCGGGGUUACUUCGAUGUCAUGGGCCAGUGGGACCCGCCGUUCAACUGCAGCUCGGGCGACUUCAUCUUCUGCUGCGGGACUUGUGGCUUCCGGUUCUGCUGCACGUUUAAGAAGCGGCGACUGAACCAAAGCACCUGCACCAACUACGACACGCCGCUCUGGCUCAACACCGGCAAGCCCCCCGCUCGCAAGGACGACCCCUUGCAUGACCCCACCAAGGACAAGACCAACCUGAUCGUCUACAUCAUCUGCGGGGUGGUGGCCGUCAUGGUGCUCGUGGGCAUCUUCACCAAGCUGGGGCUGGAGAAAGCGCACCGGCCCCAAAGGGAGCACAUGUCCAGGGCCCUUGCGGAUGUCAUGAGGCCACAGGGCCACUGCAACACUGAUCACAUGGAGAGAGACCUAAACAUCGUUGUCCACGUCCAGCAUUAUGAGAACAUGGACACGAGAACCCCCAUAAAUAAUCUUCAUGCCACCCAGAUGAACAACGCAGUGCCCACCUCUCCUCUGCUCCAGCAGAUGGGCCAUCCACAUUCGUACCCAAACCUGGGCCAGAUCUCCAAUCCCUAUGAACAGCAGCCACCAGGAAAAGAGCUCAACAAGUAUGCCUCCUUAAAGGCAGUCGGAAGUUCUGAUGGUGACUGGGCAGUAUCGACACUUAAGUCACCAAAAGCUGACAAGGUCAAUGACGACUUCUACACCAAGCGACGGCACCUGGCUGAGCUGGCUGCCAAGGGGAACUUACCUCUGCACCCCAUAAGAGUGGAGGACGAGCCCCGGGCCUUCAGCCCUGAGCACGGUCCUGCCAAGCAGAAUGGACAGAAGUCCCGCACCAACAAGAUGCCCCCACAUCCCCUGGCCUACAACUCCACCACCAACUUUAAGGGCUGGGACCCCAACGAGCAGUCCCUCCGGCGGCAGGCUUACAGCAACAAGGGCAAGCUUGGCACGGCCGAGACAGGCUCCAGCGACCCCUUGGGAACUCGCCCCCAGCACUACCCACCCCCACAGCCAUACUUCAUCACCAACAGCAAAACAGAAGUGACUGUCUGAGCUUUCACCACAGGGAGCACCCUGGAGACCACACUCAACUGAGAGAGGCAAAAAACAACCCCACCCACACCCUCCCCAUCCUCCCCUAAUACAUGCGUCCACACACUCACUCUCGACAAGAACCAACUCUAAACCUACUGGGGACACAGAGUCGCGCUUUUCCUAGGUCAUGCCUAUAACGUGUCGGCGGGCAGCUGAGAAAGACCGAAGCAUGGACAUUCAGCAAUAUAGCAAAGGGGAAAAUGAGGCACACUCUUUCCACUUCAGGCCCAAGAUGGCCAAAUCACAUGCCCAAACCGUGGGGCUGAGUUUUCUUUUCCUCCUAACUUGAAACUGAAAUCCAUGAUGACAAAAUAUAAAAGUAGCACAAUUUAGAGAAAUUGUCCAUUUGAGCACAUACACUACUUGCCAUGUGCUGUCUGUUUCUAGGUUCGAAAGCCAGGGUGGAAAUGGGGGUAGAGAAUGAGGGAGGACACAACAGAAGAGUGCAUUCUGGAAGAGGAGUUGUUCUGGGAGGAAUUUGCCUACAUUAGAAGCAUUUUUUCUAAUUCCAAGAAGUGGUGACGUGGACGUAAAAUUUUGAUGAGCGUGAAACAGUAACUGGACCCCAACCAUUCUAUUUAUAGUACUUUUCAUACCAUCCAUGUUGAAAGCAAAAAACAACAUACCCUCAAACUCACAAAAAGUAAAUAGACCCUGAACCCACCGACAAUGAUGGGAAGGAAAAAAACAAAAACAAAAAACAUUUUAGAGAACUCCCAUAAGGACCAUGACAGUGGAAAUGGGAGGGAUGGGCUUUUAUGGAGAGGGUCCGGACAGUAUCAAAUAACUUUUUAAAAAGAGAAUUAAAAUAUAAGCCCACUACAAAACAGAUAAAAACGGCAAAUUAGGUUUGUUUUUUUUUUCCAAAAUCUUGAAGACUUGUUGUUGACAUUAACAACAACAAAUCUACAGUUGGAAAAGUCCACAGGAGAUCAGAUGAGGAUCCAGAAGCCUCUGAUUUCUGGGUUUUGCCUCCAAGACCUGAAACAGCCACAGAAACAAGUUGUCUAUAAACUCUAUGUCCCUGACAUCCCUUUCCCUUCAGCGCGUUGCCGCCGCCGCUGCCAAACUUCAACUGCUUUGGACUGAAAAUGUCAUAAGCGUGGGUGGUGCCUUCAAUGUGUUACUGUUGUUUAAUGACAGUCUUGUUUCCCAAGUGCAACCUGUGUUCUUUUAGCCUUCCUUCCUCUUGUUUUUCUGCAGUAGUAGAAGAUGUUUCCAUCCUUCCUUUGUAGGUGAGCCCACCCCAUAAUACCCUCUGAGGGGCUGCUACAAUGUCAGGGGUACCCAAGAACGAAGACCUCCCUACUCUCUACACUAUCAAAAUUAGUCCUUCCAUUUUCUAGCCCUCUCAAACCUGUCAGACAUUUCUUGGUCCCGUAAUUCCCAUGGUCCCUCCAAAUUACCUCCCCACAUACUUCAUGUGUUCAUCUCCCAUCCAGAAUGUCCUGAGGUUGUUUUUCUGGUUGGUUCUCAUAAUCCAUAGUCCUUGGGGUUCCAACAAAGUCAGUUUUCCUACAAGUUGUGUUUGUUUUGUGAAAGCCCAAAGAAGUGGAUUGAGAAAGAAGAGAUUUUUAUCUAAGGUGAAAGGUUUUUCAACUAGCCCCUAAAGGUCUUUGGUAGUUAAUUAACAUUCAACAGACCCACAGCAACUCUGGUUUCAGAAGCUAUAAAUGGUCCGGCCAAACAAGACUCAGAGUAUUUUCUGAAAUCCUGAGCUGCAAGGUUCUGCCUCACCUGUCUCUCCACUCUGACAUCACGAAAUCAGCAAAACCAGAUAUUUAUUCUUCUUCUCACUCCCAGCAGAUACAAGGACACCAACAAUGCAGUUGAUCCCUCUGGGCCUCAGUCUCCCAUCUGAAACAUGGGGAUUUGGGGUAGGUCAAGCUUUUUGAAAUCGCAAAACCUCUACCUGUUUUUAAAAAUCUGAUCUUUUGGCCAGGCGCAGUGGCUCAUGCCUAAAAUCCCAGCACUCUGGGAGGCCGAGGCGGGUGGAUCAUCUGAGGUCAGGAGUUUGAGAUCAGCCUGGCCAACAUGUGAAACCCCAUCUCUACUAAAAAUACAAACAUUAGCCAGGCAUGGUGGUGGGUGCCUGUAAUCCCAACUACUCGAGAGGCUGAGGCAGGAGAAUCGCUUAAACUCAGGAGGUUGCAGUGAGCUGAGACCACACCACUGCCCUCUAGCCCGGGCGACAGAGUGAGACUGUCUCAAAAAAA